ACCCACGGGGAGCCCCGAGCUUCCCGCGGGAGCGCCUGGGACCCCCCGAGGCCCCCGUGGAGCCCCUCCAUGAAGCCCCCCGGGGCCAUGGGGACGCUGCUGCGCGCGCUCGGCCGCCGCGAUGGCCCCGACACGCCGCGGCCGUCAGCACCCGCCUCCCACACGUUCCGAGAGCGGAGCCUGCACCGGGGGGGAGCCUGUGCGGGCUGCGGGACCGCCCUGGGACCCCACGGGCUCGUGUGCAGAGUUUGCAAAGUCGCCGCCCACAAGAGAUGUGAGAGCAAGGUGACGUCACCGUGCCAACCUCUGCCUCCGCCUGAGCUGAGGCGGAACACGGCCCCGGUGCGGCGUAGUGAGCGCGUGGGCUCCUCGCUGGACAGCGUCCCCCAGCGGAGCACCCUGCCCAGGACUCCUCGCACCCCCAGCCCCGAGGUCUCCCCGUUCCCCCCCCUGGACCUGACGUUCGUGACCGAGCGGAUCCUGAGCGUGGGGGUCCCGGGGAGCGGCGAGGGGGGUCCCGGGAAGCACCUGCGGCACCUGGCAAAGCUCCUGGGGGCGCGGCACGGCCCCAACUACACGAUUUUCAACCUGUCCGGGAAGCGCCGCGACCUCACACGCCUGAACCCCAAAGUGCUGGAUUUCGGGUGGCCGGAGCUUCUCGCCCCCCCUCUGGAGCUGCUCUGCUCCGUCUGUAAAGCACUCGAAGGGUGUCUGGGGGGGCACCCGCGCAACGUGGCCGUGCUGCUCUGCAAGGGCAGCAAGGCCCCAGUCGGGGUGGUAGUGGGGGCAUUUCUGCACUACAGCGACGUGUGGGGCAGCCCCGAGCAGGAGCUGAACGCGCUGAGUAUGAGGAGGUUCUGCGAGGAGAAAUUGGGGGACGUCCUGCAGCCCUCCCAGCGCAGGUACACAGAGGAUUUUGGGGCAUUGCUCUCGGGGCGACUCCGCCUGAACAGCUCCCCCCAGUUCCUGCACCACGUCCUGCUGCCCCCCCUGCCCGCCUACGACCCCCCUGAUGGUUGCCGCCCCUUCCUCAAGAUCUACCAAUCACUGCAGCUCGUCUACACCUCGGGGGUCUACAGCGCCCCCCCCUCGCAGUCGCUCUGUGUCACCCUGGAACCGGCGCUGCUGCUCAAGGGGGACGUGAUGGUGCGCUGUUACCACCACCGGCGCGGGGGGCGCGAGGCGGUUUUUGGGGUUCAGUUCCACACGGGGACCCUGCGCGGACCCCGCCUGAGGCUGCGCCGGGACGAGCUCGACCUGGCCUGGCAAGACCAGCGCUUCCCCCCUGACGCCACCGUCGAGUUCAUCUUCUCCUCAGGCCCCGAGAGGGUCGAAGGCUGGGUCCCCCCACGCGGCCCCCCCGCCUCCCCUAUCGAUUACGGGGUGCAAGACCCCGCGGUUCGGCGUGACUCCUACGAUGGGCACUGGGACAGCCCCGAGGAGCUCUCCCACACUUGGGGUCCCCUGGAUGGGAGCCCCUACGCCCGCGUGCAGAAGAAGGGGGGACCCUCCCCACCCGGGGGGGACUCUGACUCCCCGCCCCCACCUGGAGCCCCCCAUGGCCGCCCCCCGCCCCCCACGGCUGCUGAGCGUCGGGAGUUGGAGCAGCUGCUGGGGGGGUUCGGGGUGCAGGGGGGCCGCAAGACCCCCGGCCCAGGGGAGGAGCCCCCUGACACACCUGAACCACUCAGGACCCCCACAGUCUAUGGGACCCCCGAACCACUCGGGACCUCAGCACCCUACAGGAAUCCCACAUCCUAUGGGACCCCAAUAUCCCUUGGAACCCCAAUAUCCCACUGCACCCCCACAUUCCAUGAGACCCCGAUAUCCCAUAAGAGCUCCCCCUCCCAGGGGACCCCCACUUUCCAUGGGACCCCUGCUCCCCACAGCCUCCUCACAUCCUGCGGGACCCUAACACCCCACAGCUUCCCCACAUCCUGUGGGGGCCCCAGGUCCCAGGGGUCCCCCACACCCUAUGACACCCCAAAACCCUACCGGACCCUGGUGCCCCACGUGACCCUGACACUCCAUGGCCCCCCAGCAUCCCAGGGAUCCCCAGCUUCCUACGGGACCCCAGCACCCCGUGGCUCCCCAGUAUCCCCCGGGACUCCAACACUCCAUGGGGUCACAGCACCCUAUGGGACCCCAAUAUGCCACAGGACCCCAAUAUCCCGGGGGUCCCCUACAUUCCAUGGCACCACACUAUCCCAGAACACCUUGUUGCCCAGUAGCACCCCAGUAUCCCAGGGGACCUUGAUAUUCCAGGGGUCACCGAUACCCUACAGCCCCCCAGCUGGGACCCCAACAUCCCUGGAGACCCCAACACCAUAUGGGACCCCAACAUCCCAGGGUUCCCCAUCACCCUAUGGGACCCCACCAUCUCAUGGAUCCCCAGCAUCCCAGGGCCCUCACACUCCCCAUAGCCCCCCACCAGCCCAGAAGUCCCCAACAUCCUAUAGCCCCCCAAUAUCCCACGGCACCGCAGUAAUCCAUGAGACCCUGACACCCUAUGGGACACCUACAUCCCAGGAGACCUCAGCCCCCCACAGCCCCCCGACAUCCUACAGCCCCCCAAAACCCCAUGGCGCUCCAGUAUCCCCUGGGGUCCCAAUCUCCCACAUCACCCCAAUAUCCGAGGCACUCCCAGCCCCCCACGGGACCCUGAUUUCCCAUGACCCCCCGGCAUCCUGCAGCCUCCCAGUAGCCCACGGGACCCCCUCACUUCACAGCCCCACAGCAUCCCAUGGGAUCCAGAUAUCCCACAGCCCCAUCGCACCUCACAGCCUCCCAGUAUCCCACAGUCCCCCGAGCCCUUGGGCCCCACCCAGCCCCUGGGUCCCCCCGUGCCCUCCGCUGUGCCGACGAGCCAGCCUGGCCUCCCCCCGGGACUCCCCAAAACGAGGGGUGCAGCGCUCGCUGUCCGAGGGGUUCCCCCCGUGGGGGGGCUACGGGCGCCCAGUGGCGGGGGGGUACCUGCUUUUGGGAGGGCUCUCGCCCCUCUGCCCCUGUCAGGACUGCCAGGGCUGGGGGGGCGUCUCCCCGCUCCCCACCCGCCCAAUUUAUGGCAGGCAUGACUGGGAGGGACCCCCCGCGCCCCCUCUGGAGCCCCCAAGUUGCCCCCAUUGCGGCCGGCCCGGGUUGGGGCUGGGGCGGGGACACCCACCUGGAAAAGGGGGCUACGAUCCCCCCGCCAUGGGGGAGCCUCAGGAGCCAACAGGGCGACGCAGCCCCAUUGAGGGGAUCCCCUGGCCGGACGCCCCACGCGCCCUCCCCGAGUCUCCCCGGGCCCCCUCCCCCGGCAGCGGCCCCCCCGGGCCCCCCCCGCCCCCGCAACCGCCCCUGCCCGAGAAGCGACAUCCCCCGGCCCCGGGGGGACCCCGGGACCCCUCCUCACCCCAGCGCAGCCCGGAGGGGGCCCAGGGACACCCCUCGGCUGGGGCGGGGCCGGGCGGGACCCCUCCCGGGGGUACCUUCGUGCAAGACACGACCAAGUUCUGGUACAAACCGGGGCUGUCCCGGGAGGAAGCCGUGUCCCUGCUCAAGGCGGCCCCUCCCGGCUCGUUCCUCGUCCGCCGCAGCAGCAGCUUUCCAGGGGCGUUCGGGCUCGCCCUCAGGGUGGGAGUCCCGCCCCCCCGCGCCACCGCCAGAGCGGGGGACCCUCAGGAGCAGCUGGUCCGGCACUUCCUGAUCGAGACGGGCCCGCGAGGGGUCAAAAUCCGGGGGUGCCCCGAGGAGCCUUACUUUGGGAGCCUCCCGGCGCUGGUGCUGCAGCACUCCAUCACCCCCAUCUCGCUACCGUGCACCCUCCGCAUCCCCCACGCAGAGCUGCAGGAGGGGGCCCCAGAUCCCCCCGGACCCCCCAAUGUCAGCACGGCCGGAGCCCUCCUGAGGCAGGGGGCAGCCUGCUCUGUGCUGUUCCUGGGCUCGGUGGGAACCGAGGCCCUGACUGGGCCCCAGGCUGUGGCCAAGGCCGUGGGGUCCCUUCUGGAGGGGAUUGCGAGUGCAGGGGGGUCUUCCCAGCCCCCCUCCAGCUCCGUGCACUUCAAGGUGUCAACACAGGGGAUCACCCUGACGGACCGGCAGCGCAAGCUCUUUUUCCGCCGGCACUACCCUGUGAGCAGCAUCACACACUGCAGCACUGACCCCCAGGACCGCAGGUGGAUGAACCCCGACGGGACCACAGCCAGGAUUUUCGGGUUUGUGGCCAAGCAGGCAGGAGCACCAGGGGGGGGCAACGCAUGUCACGUGUUUGCGGAGCUGGACCCCGAGCAGCCGGCAGGGGCCAUCGUCACCUUCGUCACCAAAGUCCUGCUGGGAACGCGGAACUGAGAGACCCCAGGGACCUCCCCAGGACCCCAGAAACCAUCUGGGGAUUACCAAAGUCCCCCGAAGCAGGGGUCCUCAGGGGCACCCUCAAAACCCAGUGG